UAAUUACAGGAUGUACGAAAUUGUUGGUGUGUGAACGAACGGUUCAACGGCAAAAUCUCGCGGGGACAAAAAAAGGUUCAUUCUUCUCUCUUUCCUUUCCUUUCUUUCUUCUCAAUCUCCGUUCCGUUACCGCUUAAUGCCAUCUCCUCCCAAAGGAUGUGUGAUUGAAACAGAAGAAGCAACUGGAGGAGGGGGCGUGUGAUUGGGUCCUCAGGUGAAGAUCUGAGGCUUUUUUUUUUGGUUUUCCUUUUUCUCGGAGUUCAAAAAACAAAAAGAUGAGCGCUUCUAGGUUUAUAAAGUGUGUCACUGUUGGUGAUGGAGCUGUUGGAAAAACUUGUUUGCUUAUUUCUUAUACCAGCAACACUUUCCCCACGGAUUAUGUGCCGACAGUUUUUGACAAUUUCAGUGCAAAUGUGGUUGUUAAUGGAAGCAUUGUCAAUCUGGGUUUGUGGGACACUGCUGGACAAGAGGAUUAUAAUAGAUUAAGACCUUUGAGUUACCGUGGUGCCGAUGUUUUCAUAUUGGCUUUCUCUCUCAUAAGCAAGGCCAGUUAUGAAAAUGUCUCCAAAAAGUGGAUUCCAGAGUUGAAGCAUUAUGCACCUGGUGUCCCCAUAAUUCUGGUUGGCACAAAGCUUGAUCUUCGGGAUGAUAAGCAGUUCUGCAUAGACCAUCCUGGUGCCGUUCCAAUUACCACAGCUCAGGGAGAAGAGCUGAGGAAGCUGAUUAAUGCACCAGCUUACAUUGAAUGCAGUUCAAAAACACAGGAGAACGUGAAGGCGGUUUUUGAUGCAGCCAUAAGAGUUGUCCUUCAACCACCAAAGCAGAAGAAAAAGAAGGGUAAAGCACAAAAGGCCUGUUCAAUAUUGUAAUUCACUAGGUGUAAACAAUUGAUUACCCUUUAUUCUACCUGUAUUCCCCUCCCCUUCUUUCUUUUAAUCAUUUCUUUGUUAUUAAAGAAGUUGGAGAGUCUUUGUGGGUGUUCUUUCAGACAAAUACUCUAGAUCUCCUUGAAGCAUAAGGUGGUUUAAUGCUUUGCUUUCUUUGAAUUAUUAUUGUUAACUCUAAUAGUCAAAUUUGCAUUUCAUGGUUCCCAUCUUUUUCUUA